AUGUCGCCCCACCUGAUCGGUAGCCUGGCCCGCGGGGUUCCCAGCGCGGAUGAGAUGCCAACACCCCAGAGCAAGAUCAAGAUCAAGAUGCCCGUCAGCAGCCCACCGGAACACCUUUCGGGUGCCGAAUCCAUCCCAGUUGAUGAAGAUAGCGAUGGCGAACUGUCGGACGACCCUGCACCAUACUCCGGUCGAGAGCUAGUCAACAAGGAGCUCACAUCGAAAGAGACGUUCGCGCCCCACGACACCGACCCCACCAAGAUCGAGGCGACUUUCAAGAUCCAAAUGCCCGACGGCAAGAGCUGGUUCAUACAGAAGAACAUAAUCCCAGAGAAGCGCGAAUCCGCCGACCGUGACUUGUACGAAGCCGAUGACUGCAUCUUCUUCCCUGACCUCGAGAGCUGCAAGGUUCCCAAGAAGGACAAGGAGAAGAAGAACAAUCCCGUGGUAGAAUGGAACAAGGUCAGCGAGAACCGUUGGGAGCGGACCUUCAAGGGCAUCAAUGAGGUCUUCACCCCGAGCAUCGCACUCCGCCGCUUCAAUGCCCGUACCCGCGCAUACGAACACGUCCACGUUGGCCAGUCGAAACUCACCAACAUCGAUCCCAACGACAAGAAAUGGAAAGACGCAUACAACAAGUGGAUUGACCAGAUCUCGCGCCGGUCCAACGCUGCCUACGAGAAGAAGAAGAACCGUGACCACUGGACCGUCCCAGAGAUCUGCGCCAUGUACACUGGCAUCAACGACUUCGUUCACACCAAGGGUUUUGACGCGUACGACACCAUUACCACCGCCGACUUGUCCAAGAUCGUUGAAGCCAUCAACAAGGCUGGUGGGAAGAACCGUGGUCUGGACGCUCUCCGAGGACAGAUCACGUCCGCUCAUGAGACGAAGAACAAGACGAUGGCGUAUCUUCGUGAGCACGCCCGAGACUUUCGACUGCUGGUUGAAGGUGGCGGCGUAGUGAGCAAAGAGGAGCGGUACCCUAAACACAUGAUCCCUCUGUCAGAGUUUCCAGUUGAGAAGCGCGCCAAUCAUCGAAAGGGCACCGGUAAGCCCAAGACAUACAAGCCCAAGUUCCGGUCUGUGAACACACAGACUGGCGAUGACAUUGUGGUUCACGAAGACUACGACGGUGCCGGCAUUACUUCGACUGCAAGCAAAAUCUCCAAGAAACGCAAGCGCGAUGCUCCGUCAUCCGACGGCGAUGAAGUCGAGGAUCAGACUGAGCUUCCUGCUGACGAAAGUGACGAAGAGGAAGUCGAGCAUGGCUACGGAAGCGACGCUGGCGAAUCCUCAGACGAGGAGGUGGGAAACGGCGAUGAGCCCGAGUACAUGGAGAAGGCAGAUGAUGUGAAGAGUCUCAAGGCCGUGAAGGAAGAAGACGCGAAAGAGCCUGAGGACGUGAAGGCCGAGGUCGUGCAGGCAGCAGACGUGGACGCCGAUGCCCUUCCGCCAGCCAAGAAGCCACGUGUGACUGACCACGCCAUUGAGCUCGCCCGCCAGCUGCUCGAGGAUGAUUCUGAUGAGUAG